CCUCUCUCGUGCAGAAAAUUUUAAUCUUGGUAUUUGGUCUCUCGUCACCAGAGAUGGAGGAGGCGAGGUCAUCGUAGAUAUGGACGAUGGAAACCCAAAAGAAGAUGGAGAACAGGAGGAGGCAAGAGGAGGAGGCGACGCCGUCGGAUAUAUCGAGAAUGCAAACCCUAAAGAAGAUGGAGAACGGGCAAGAAGAAUGCUUAGCUUCGGCAACACUUACAAGAUCCCAAAACGCCAGCCAACGAAUUUUACGUGGAUGCAAACGCUGCUACUGAGCUAUCAAUCGCUUGGUGUGGUGUACGGCGAUAUCGGAACUUCUCCUCUCUACGUUUUCUCUUCCAUCACCUUGCCGAACCCGGAGGAGAAGGACGUACUCGGUAUAUUGAGUUUGAUCUUUUGGACUGUGACGAUGAUGGGUUUAAUCAAGUACGUACUGAUAGUCCUGCAUGCUGAUGAUCAUGGAGAAG